AUGUCACGAAAUUGUAUCGGAAAUCUAUCACCGAUUCAACGAAAACUUUUAACAAAACGAAGAUGUCAAUCUACAUUCAAACCACUCAGUGGAUUGAAUAAAAAUAUCCGAAAAAGAACAUACUUAAAAAGAUUAAAUGAUAAUAAUUCUUUAAAACCACAUCAAAUUGAAUGUGAACGAUUAAAGGAAAUUCUACCAACUGUUGCAAAUUGUGAAAAUUUGGAUGAAGUGAAAAUUAUUCAAGAAGCAAUAAAGCAUAUAAACUAUUUAGAACAAGCAGUACUUCGACGAUUAAAUAUUAUCAAUGUAGAAACUUCAAUCGAAAACAGUAAUCUCCAUUCUUCCUCAUUGUCAUCAUCCUCCUUACUUCCAGCGUUCAUUUUUAAAUUAUUAUCUAGUCAGAAUAAUCCAUCACAAUCAAUACCAGAAGAGAAUUUGCUUUUUCAUGCUAAUAGUUCUUAUCAUAACAGGCCUCAACUAAAUAAUAAUUACAUAACUGAUGAUAAUUUUUUAUCAAAACCCUAUGAAUAUUUAAAUUCCAAUGGUAGCACACCAUAUCAGACAGAUGAUGAUAUUGACCAUCUGGGGUAA